UUCAUGGAUUCUGCAUAAGUCAUGCUCCAGAAAGGCAGGAGGAAGAAGUUCCUAGCUGGACCGGCCUUAGGCAGGGGCAGUUGUUUCAUAUCAGAGUAUUACAUAGGCAUUGGCUCUGAUCUUUCCACCAUGUCAUUGCUGGGCGCCCAAAUUACACAUAGCUGAGUCAGCAGGGACAAGAGAGGAGCCCCAUUUGCUCGAUUCCACAGUAAAGAGCUUCCUAAAAAGACAGAAGACGUAUUUCCAGGAUAUGGCCUGGCUUGGGAAGCUGUUUCACUAUCUACGUCUUCAUGCUGACAAGACGAUGAACCUGCUGAUGAACCAGACCAGCCAAGCGCGGAUCCUCGCUCAACACAAUAGGAAGUUGAGAGUUGAAGCCCAGUGGGCGCCUGACGGGGAGCAGAUGGUAGGCAGGCGAAUGCACAGACCCCAGAGCUCAGGAACAGGGUCCGCGCCCCUCAGCCAGCGCUUGCGCGUUGCGCUCUCGUUCCCCGCUCAACCCCGCCUUCAGCACUGGGUUUUCAAAUUUGAAACCUGCUUCUUUUCCCGCCCGAAUUUGUGGACAGGCAGCGGGAGAAGGCAGGGCCGCACGCCAGCCAAUCACGCCUCAGAGGCUUUUCAGCCCUGCCCAGAAGAUGACGACGGCAAGCCCUGCGGGCAGCCCGCCAAUGGGCCAGCUGCACCCCGCCGGCCCCGCCCCUAGAGUUCCAGCGCAGGGCGGAGCCGGGGCCGCCUGGGGACUGCCCGGGUUCUGUAUCGCUGUUCUAAGUGUUCGGCGCUCCUCGCUCGCUGGAAACUGAGGUCCAAAGACGCCAAAGAGCCGUCGGGGUCACUAAGCGAAGCGGGGAAGACGCAGUGGACCCUAAUUUGGGGAGGGCUUGCCAAGGAACCAGUCCUGGAGCGGUCACCAAGAGAGCCUGAGGCCGCUCCAGGCGGGUGGGCGGGUACCCCGGCAAGGGGCUGUGCUCCCUGGCGGGACCCGAAGGGGCGGGGCUAAACACUGGGCGUUGCCGCGGGAGGGGCGUGCUGGGGGCGGGGCCGCAGCCCUUAUUUGUUGCUCUGUGUCAGUUACAUUGUAACAAAAGUGGUACAGUCGCUGUUCCAGCCCGCACGCUAGGCCCGCCCGCUGCCAGGUGUCGCCGACAUGGAAUGUGUGGCUAGCAACAUCCAGGUCCUCCUGCAAGCGGCCGAGUUCCUGGAGCGCCGCGAGAGAGAGGCGGAGCAUGGGUACGCAUCGCUGUGCCCGCACCACAGUCCAGGGCCCAUCCACAAGCGGAGGAAGCGACCCCAUCCACAAGCUCCUGGCGCGCUGGACAGUGGGCGAUCUGUGCACAAUGAACUGGAGAAGCGCAGACCCUUCCCCCCAGGAGGGCCCAGCUGAAGCGGUGCCUAGAGCAGCUGAAGCAGCAGAUGCCCCUGGGGGCCGACUGUGCCCGAUACACCACGCUGAGCCUGCUUCGCAGAGCAAGGAUGCAUAUCCAGAAAGAUCAUCUCUGGGUGUGGAAGGGCAGAAGGCUAGCUUCCCAGAGGACAUGGAGCCCAGACUGACACAUGGCCUGUCUAGUAGAAGUUGGAGGAGCAGGAGCAGCGGGCCCGGUGGCUCAAAGAGAAGCUGCGCAAUAAACAGCAGAGUCUGCAGCAGCAGCUGGAGCAGCUGCAGGGGCUGCCAGGGGCAAGGGAAUGGGAGCGGCUGCGGGCAGACAGCCUGGACUCCUCCGGUCUCUCCUCUGAGCGCUCUGACUCUGACCAAGAGGAGCUGGAGGUAGAUGUGGAGAGCUUGGUGUUCGGGGGUGAGGCGGAGCUGCUGCGGAGCUUCAGCACGGGCAAGGAGCACAGCUACUCACACAACCCUGGGACAUGGCUAUGAUGCACACUGCUUAGACUGCCCCCCACUGACUGGGCUGAUUGUUCCACACAGGAGCCCUUGCCAAGCCUUGGGGGCUGCUCGGAGUGUUUAUCUGUUGGUAUGGACUGAAAGGACAGUCCUAUGGGAAUGUCCCUGGACAUUGCUGCUGGCUACCAGGUGGCCCCUCCUGUGGGGGUGAGGAAGGCCUGGGCCACCUCAGAGCCCCACACAGCAGGCAUCUUGGGCCUUCUAAGCAUUAUUGUAGCACUUGCUUGUGCUGUCCCCAUGGGGCAGAAGGCUCCCAGACCUUCAUGUUCUCAGACAAGGCCCUCUGCCUUUACUCCACACUGUACAGUAUUUUCAUUAAAAGCCUCUCCUAA